AGUUGUAUUCAGGUCCGUUCGCUUCCCCUGAAAAUUUGACAGCUGAAUUAGAAGAUAACGGUAACUUUGUGCUGAAAGCGAAUUCCGGCGGCCAGACACAAAUAUUAUGGGAAAGCUUUGAUAAUCCGACGGACACGCUUUUGCCUGGAAUGAAAUUAGGGUUUAACAGUAAGAAAAAUAAAAAUUGGUCUCUCACAUCUUGGCUAGGUGAAGAAACUCCAACGCUUGGAGCAUUUACUAUGGAGUGGGAUUAUAUAAAACGCGAAAUCAUCGUUAAACGGCGGGGAGUUAUAUUUUGGACUAGUGGGACCUUGACUUCUGAUGAAUCAUUUGCAAACAUUCCUUUUCCAGAUCCGUACAACCAUAACUAUAGGUUCGAUAUAGUUUCAAAUGGAGAAGAGGAAUCUGUUAGCUACCGGCUUUAUUUUAUUGAGUUCACUCCUGUUGAGCGGAGAAAUAUUUCCAGGUGGUUUUUAGAUUAUGAUGGAAGCAUACGGGACGCAGGGAGGCCAACAAUUUUGUCUUCUGCAACUUGCGACGGAUAUAUAACAAAAUAUGGAUGCGUGAAAUGGGAACUCCCGAAUUGUAGGAACGAUGGUUCUAAAUUCGAAUUAAGAAUUUCUAACUAUCAUUCGGAUGAUGUCGCAUAUGAUGAAAAUCAGAGUCUUAGCUUCAGUGACUGUAAAGAUCUAUGCUGGAAAGACUGUAAUUGUACUGGAAUUCGGAAUCAUGUGCUAACUGGAUGCUCAUUCUAUCGCGGACCUUUUGAUUUCACAGGUUUGACAGGGAAUGAACCACAAUUUUAUGCGAUUAUCCCUGGUCCCCCGCGUCCCCCUCGUAAGUAUUACCUAGAUAGUUUAGAUUUAAAUAAUAAUUGAUAUUUAUAAUUGGUUGCUGUUGUCAAUGAAAGUUUGUAUGGCUCUGCUGAAUUAUCUACAGUUAAUGAGGUUUGGAAAUGGAUAGUGAUUGCUUUAGCAAUUGUUGUGUUCGCGGCAUUAGUGGGCAUAUUUCUGUAUUUGCGAUGGAAAAAACUCGAACAAGAAGAGAAAUUUCUAAAAGAACUCUUGACGUCAAAUAGACCAAGCGAUGCAAAUGAGCUUCAAAAUAGCA